AUGUACUAUUACAAUACCCUUCUGGUGCUAUUUACCGGCGCAUCACUAUGUGUGGCAUCACCGGGUGCCAGGGGUGCCAGGGUCGGUUUGCAGAAGUUGAAGGAUCGGACAGGAUCUGGUCCCUCAUCUCAACAGCCUGAGCUGAAGCGAGAUGCAACCCCCCUCCAGUCGCAGUCUUAUGUCACUGUAACUCAAGAUUCUAUAACAGAUAUUACAACGGAGUACGCAGUAGUGACUUCGUAUGGUUCAGAGGCCCCCGUGGUUGUGACGAAGACGAUCGUUUCUCAGUCGACAAUACAGCAACCUGCUCCACCAUCCCCUACAUCUACUUCGGAAGCCCCAUCAUCAACGUCCCAAGUUGGCCCGGCGGGGACGUCGGCCCCUUCAUACACAUGCCAAAAUGGCUUCUUUCUUUGCGCUGCCGAAUUUAACGGGGGGUGCUGUGGGAAUGGAUAUACUUGUGCAAUAGAUAGCUGUAUCCCACCGCCAACUGCAACAGGGGAUCAUCUAUUUUGUGAUACUGGAUUAUAUUUGUGUCCCGCAAACUUACAGUACGGUUGCUGUCCAGGUGGUUAUGACUGUGGUAUCAGUGAAUGCUCCAUUAUCGGGCCGACGGCUGGAGUAAGCAGCACCCUUGCGAAAGCCUCAGCUCUAAAUCUUCUCGCAAAACAUUCCAUUACGACAGCUAGCCCUUCGAGUACACCUACAUCUACCCCUGGCCCAAACCCAGUGUCAGAAAUUUCUCCUGUUACAAUCGGUGGUAUUGUUGCUGGAUGCCUUGUCGGGAUCGCUAUCUUCGUCUUUCUGGGGUGGUACACGUACCGUAGAGUAGGGUCUCGUGGGAACAAUGAUCCACCUGGGGGGGUAACAACAACAAACUAUUACGACCCGACAGCCUCAGUUUCAAGAACUCCGGGCAGUAGCUCAUCAACUCGUUACCAUACUGUUACGCAAGAUCAUGGGUACUUUCCGAAGAUGCCUUUUAAACAGAAGACAGUCCCAUCUCAAGCCUUGCCCCCUCAAAAUGGGGUGGUAGAAAUGGCCCAUAACACUGCUUCGUAUCCAGCACAACACGGUCAGGUAGCAUGGGGAAACGGUAAUCAUAAUCAUGUCCCUGUAGAACUACCGGCAUUGGAUCGACAGGAACCGAUAUAUGAGGUUGAGGGUACGAAGCUGAAGAGCGCAAAUAGAUGGACUGGGGCUUUUUCGAGGCAGAGAGGUGGCCGAUGA